CAUCAUUCAUUCAUUCAUUCACUCUACGGACUCGACAUUCAAUUCAAGUCCACAACUCCCCCUCGACCCUCAACUACAUGACAAACUCCAACCUCACACAUUGACCGACCGACCACACCUCAACUACACAAUGGCUACCACCGCGCAGCAGCAGCAGAAACCCCAGGCUGCGCAACAAGCCGCUCAACAAAAUGCACAACCACCACCGCAAGACCAGCAACAACCCAAGACACCCGCCGCCCCCGCGACCGUCGCCCUCGACAACCUGCAAGCCAUGAUGAACCUCGUCCUCAUCUCGACCGGCCGCUUCCUCAAAGAGCAGCAGGCAGGCGGCGGCUCCGGGCGCAUGCUGUUCGCGAUGAAGCGCGCCGUCCCCGCCGGCGAAGACCGCUUCCACGACUCCCUCGACGAACUCGAGAACGAGAUCCACCAGGCGCAGGCCGUCCUGCGACGAGACCUCGCCGUCCUCCAGGCCGACCGCAAGAAGCGCGAGCAAGCCGAAGCCGCAGAGCGUCAACGCCGCGCCGCAGAGUCCUCUGCCGCAAAGAACACCCUCCCCGCAAACCCAACGCAGCAACCCGCCGACGCAGCCGCCACCGCCGACAAGACACAAGACGCGACGAUGACGGGGACCUCAGAACCAGAACAGGCCGCCGCCGCGGAACCCACCAAGCAACCAGAAGAGAACCCAGCCUCACCCGAGAAACAAAUGGACGACGCGCCCCCAACGCUCGACACAUCCAACGCGCCGUCGCGCGACCCUCUCUUCGACGAAACCCCCAUCACCGCCGACGCAGCAGACACGGGCUUCGACUUCGACGCCGAGUUCGGCGACCUGACCGGCGGCGACCAGGUCAACGGCGACAUCGACAUGGACGGCGUAGGCGACAUGAACUUCCUCGCGGGCCUCGAGGACUUCGCCAAGGACGGCGGCAGUAGCGGUGUUGGCGACGCAAAUGCCAGCGGAGGAGCGGGCGCCGGUGACUCGACCGCCGACCUCGACCUCGACUUCGCGAUGCCGGACCUCCCAGACAUGAACGCCUCAACAAACACAACCGACCAGCCACCUCCCGCGGCGCCCAAACCCGCAGACCCGGCUCCCGCUCCCACCACAGCUCCCGACAACAAUGCCACCACCAACGAUACCAAUAAUAACAACAAUACCAACAGCAUGGCCGACACAAUGGAACCAACGACAAUCGACAACAUAGACGACCUGUUCGACAUGGACUACGAGAACCCGGAAGCCACGCAGUUCGACGACGCCUUUUUUGGUUUUGACGAGUGAUCACGUACCUGCCUAGUCGUACCAAUUUCCGUUCCGGGGGCAGCAAUAUUGGUGUUAUAUAACCACACAGGGGCGUGUUAGAGUGAGAGAAAGAUUGAAGGAGAAAAUGAGAGAUAGAUACCCCAGAGAGUCUUACCAAGAUACCUUAGUUAGCUACCUAGGUAGUCUAGUCUAUGUAGUCGCCUGCUAUAAUACAUCACCUUGUUUCACAC